CUCUGCGGUCAGCUGUGUGGUCACCAGUGCCGAGGAGACAGAGCCGAGGUAACACAGUCACAGGGAUUUUCUUCGUCUUUGACCUCUUUUGGAUAAAAUGGCAUUCGGUUUGGAUUUUAACGUUUCUGAGAUGGACACUGUUUACUCGGGACAUUACUGGCCCAGUGCGUGCUUGGAUUUAAACAACAGGGACGAUUACGCACAGGAGUCCAACAAAGUGCAUCAUGAGGCUGCGACACAUCGGAAGAGCUCGGACACCCAGCGCCGCAGGAAGCGCACGACUUUCAGCAAAGUGCAAGUGAGCGAGCUGGAGAGAGCCUUCGCUGUCACACACUACCCGGACAUCAGGAUGAAGGAGGCUCUCGCUUCCUUGACUGGGCUGCCAGAGUCUAAAAUCCAGGUCUGGUUUCAAAACCGACGGGCACGGUAUUUCAAGAGCAAGAAACCAAGCAGAGAGGUUUCCAAAGGCUCUUCAGAGUACCAUCACGGUCCACAGUUCACCUACACUCAUGCUCUCAGUCCAUCACAGCCCCCGAUGCCUCAGGAUUUAUCUCCGAGUCUACCUUCUCCACCUGGUUAUUCUGCUCCAAGUCUACCUCAGUCCUCCCGGCUCUCAACACUCCUGGAGAGUCAGAUUAGGUCUGAGCCCACUCAUACAUCCCCCUUUUCAUCCUGCUGGAAUGGACAAGAUCGAGUUAACCAGGACUUUCACUACCAAACCCCAGACUUCACGAGUUACUGCCAGGAUGUUUUUCCACUGAGUGAAUGGGAUUUCACAGAGGACUUUGAGGCUUUCAUUGGGGAUGCAUGUGAAGCCCUGCAGCCUGUGGGAAGCCGCUGUGCUGCAGUGGACGAUCUCUCGCCCGUCUACAGUCAGCUGGACCAGCAGCAGGUCUUGUCCAGCCCUGAUGACCUGUCUGACCUGUGUCUCCAGGACCUGGGCGACUUCAACCUGUCUGAUUUGGACAUUUCUGCGACCAUGAUUGAUUAUAUUUUGGGUUGAACAUUCCAAAAAAAAGAAAAAGUUUGCAAUGUAAAUAGGUUUAGCUAUAAUAAGAUUUUAGAUAUUUUUUAUUCAUA